AUAACCGAAAGGCUGUUGGCCGAGAAAGACAUCAGCGUCAAUUUUGUUGGAGGCCGCCGGAGAUUCGAGACGCUGUCUACAUCUCUCCACCACGCCGCGGCCAGGUUGGAUACCGUGCUCCUACGACGGCUGCUUGCGGUGCCAGGGAUCCGUCUGAAUCUCUGUGUUGCAGGCCACUCUCCAAUCUCCGUGGCCGCAUAUCACGGACGCGUGAACACAGUUGCUUGUCUACUGAGUAUAGAGAGCGUGGAGAUCAAGGGAAGGGACGUGAUCGAUCCGCCCCUUUGUCGAGCGGUUGCACAUGGCCAUCUCGAUGUUGUAGGACUCUUAGUGCAGCAAGGCGCACGUCUGAACAUCAAUGAAAGCAUGAUCGCAACUCACGACACUGCUCUCUGCAUUGCCGCCCGUGGCGGUGACUUGGAGAUGGUCCAGGCACUACUACGCCAUGAUCGAAUUGAUGUGAACCUCGGAAAUCGAUGGUCUGAGGAUCCAUUGAUGUUGGCGGUCAAGGGCGGGCAUUCCUCGAUUGUUGAUGCACUUGUGGUCAAUCCCAGACUGAAAUACUUCAGUUUGACAAAAUCCCUGGAUCUAACAAGGAACAAUUGCAUCCAGAAGGCCAUUCGAAGCAGAAUGGAAGACGACAACACUCGUCAAGGAUUGUUGAAGCGGUCUCCGAGGAGAAGGUUUGGUGGUCUGUAA